UUGUAUUUGAUGUGACAUAUCUAUUUUGAAUGCUGCUAAUGUUCUGUCGUUCAAUAUUUUUUAUCUAGGUAAAACCAAGUCAAAUGGAUGAAAACCAAACAGAAAGGGUGAAAGAAUUUGCUCUGGCAGGAUUCUCAGAAAAUUCAUCUAUUGAGGCAGGGCUAUUUUUAUUAUUUCUUUUCUUUUAUGUGUCCACAUGGGUAGGCAAUGUCCUCAUCAUGGUGACAGUGGCCUCUGAUAACUACCUAAAUUCAUCGCCUAUGUACUUCCUUCUUGGUAACCUCUCAUUCCUUGAUCUGUGUUAUUCAACAGUAACAACCCCUAAGCUUCUGGCUGACUUCCUUGAUAACAAAAAGCUCAUUCCCUACAACCAGUGCAUUGUGCAACUCUUCUUCCUGCAUUUUGUAGGGGCAGCUGAAAUGUUCCUGCUCACAGUGAUGGCUUAUGAUCGCUAUGUAGCAAUCUGUCGCCCUCUGCACUAUACUACUGUCAUGAGUCGAGGUUUAUGCUGCGUGUUAGUGGCUGCCUCAUGGAUGGGAGGAUUUGUGCACUCCACUGUCCAGACCAUCCUCACCAUCCGUUUGCCCUUUUGUGGGCCAAACCAGGUGGAUAACUUCUUCUGUGAUGUCCCCCCUGUCAUCAAACUUGCAUGUGCAGACACCUUUGUCAUUGAACUUCUCAUGGUAUCUAACAGUGGAUUGAUAUCAACCAGCUCCUUUGUGGUGCUGAUUUGUUCCUACACCACUAUCCUGGUUAAGAUUCGCUCCAAGGAAGGAAGGAGAAAAGCUCUCUCCACCUGUGCAUCCCACCUCAUGGUGGUAACACUCUUUUUUGGACCCUGUAUUUUCAUCUAUGCCCGCCCUUUCUCCACUUUCUCCUUGGACAAGAUGAUAUCUGUACUCUACAAUGUCAUUACCCCCAUGCUAAACCCCCUCAUCUACACACUUCGGAACAAAGAGGUCAAGUCCGCCAUGCGAAAGCUAUGGGAUAGGAAUAGACUUUGGAAAAAAUAGGAGACAUGAGACACUGAAGUGAGUUUUUGAU